CCACUUCCACAGGACGAUACUGGAGUGAAAACUUUGAGCUAGAAAACGGUCGCUCUUUGUAUCAUAAUUAGGUCAUUAUUUGUGCAAAAACGACUACGACAAGACGGGAUAUUAUUUUUAUUAUGGUGUGAAACCAGUUCAAUCUUCAGCACUGUAAUACUGAUUGCCGGGGCCUGAGGGGUGACGGCAUGGCGGAGGGCGAUGGAAGCGCAGGCAGGGAGUGGAAAGAGAAAUGCAUGGCCCUCGAGGCCCUGCUCUUCAAGUUUCGUGGACAGAUGAGUGUGAUCCGAGAGCUCACGGCAGAAAAGAUGCAGCAGCUGGAGACACAGGUACUGGAAGCAGAGCGGAGGGCAUAUGAGGCCAACCAGCAGGUGCAAUGGAUGGAAGAGCGUCUAAAGACAUCAGAUAUCCAGUCGAGUGAUUCAGAGCUGCCGCUGUUCAGGCGCUUUCAAAAUCUCCAAAAGCUACUGCGGGAGAAAGACGAGUUUAUUGCCACGCUCAAGCAACAGCUGGAGGAACAGAAACAGAACCGAAUCCAAGAUGCCAAGACAGUUGAAGAAAAAGCAGCCAAGAUCAAGGAAUGGGUCAUGAGGAAGCUGAACGAAUUUGAUAUAGAGAAUGCCUCUCUGAGAGAGAUCAACCAACAGCAGGAGGCAGAGAUACAAGACCUGAGAACACGACUGCAAGCCUUGGAGCUGGCUUUGGGUUCUGGGGGCCGAGUGCAGCCCAGUGCGGGUGAGGCCCAGCGGCUCAGCAGUCUGACUUUUGGCUGUUUUCAAAUCAGAGGGAAGAGCCCUCAGGUACUGACGGGCCCGGAGCCGUCCCAGAAGAGCAUCAGCACCCUGCCAGAUCAAGAGCCCUCACACACAGACUGCAGGAGACCCUCUACUGAUUCUAGGAUGAAAGAAGACUGUCCAGAAACAGAGUGUGUUGCUCGUUGCCCUGAGACAGGAUCAGAGGACGAGGAUGAGCGGGACAGCACCUGUGGUGUCUCCUCGAUCCUGUCCAGUGCUGCCUCUGAAGGGGAGAGGAGUCUAUUUGGAGGUCUGCGUUUCAGUCGCCCCGUGAGUGAGACCUACCACACAGCCUCAGAUGACAGCAGCUCGCUGUUCGACGAUGACAUGCAGCGCGUGGAGUGCUCCAGACUUUGCCUUCCUGGCACCAAUAACGCUUCAAAAAAAGACAGCGAGAAGGUGGACACUGAGGAUGGAUCCUCAGAUGAGCUGAAUAAACGCUUCCAGUCUCAAUGUCUUGAUUCCUCGUCAUCCUCUAGUGACACAAACACCCCCAGCCCCAUAUUAACUCCAGCUCUCACACCAAAGCGGCCCACCCCAUCGCAGGACUCCCAAGACACCCCAGCCUCCCCCAAACAGCCCCGACUGCGCAAUCCAAAUGUGUUUAAUGUUAGUUUGGCAUUGGCUAAAAAGCAUCUGAGUCAGCCUCCGCUGUACAGUGAAGCUGCCCAUGGGCGGACACGAAACGCAUUCAGCAUGCUACGUCCUCUACGGCCUCAGGAAGCAGACAUGGACCAAGAGAAAAAGAUGGAGACAGGAGAACGAGAGCAUGCUGAAGUGCCAACCGAGGAACCAGAAACCGUGCCCGGGAGUAAACCUCCGACCCCUCCGCUGCACAGACUGCCCUCUUGGGAGAGCAGAAUAUAUGCUGUGGCAAAAUCUGGAAUCCGUCUGUCAGAGACAUCGUGUGCAGAUGUAGCUAAUAAAGACUCCUCCCACGCAUCCUCAUGCCCCGCCCACAUGCUCUACACAUCCCUCAUCUACAGGAACACAAGCACACCUGUCUUUGCCACACACAAAGGGAAAGCGACUUUGUUAAGCAGUAGUGAGUUCUCGGAGGAGUCGUCUAGUUCUGAGGAGGAGGAGAGUUCGGAGGAGUGUCAGUGUAACUCUGGAGAGGAGGAACACUCCCUGACCUCUGGAUCCGAGACACACAAGAGCAGUAGCCAUGAAAGCGCCCGCUCACUUAAAAGAGCUGUGUCGCUGUCUUCUAUGACUUCUGAGAGUGACUACGCCAUCCCUCCUGAUGCUUACUCCACUGACACGGAGUGCUCUGAACCUGAAAACAAACACCCAAAGACCUGCUCUUCCAGCACGGACAAUGGCAAGACUGAGUCUAUGGAGAAGUCUGGGUACCUGCUCAAGAUGGUCAAGACGUGGAAGAAAACGUGGAAGAGACACUGGUUUGUUCUGAAGGACGGGGAGCUUCUCUACUACAAAUCACCAAGUGACGUGAUCCGUAAACCCCAAGGUCAGAUUGAGCUGAAUGCAUGCAGCACCAUAGCACGUGGUGAUGGCAAACAGAUGCUUCAGGUGGUGACGGGUAAGAGUGUGUGUAAUCUGAAGGCAGACUCUCCAAACCUGCUGGAGGAGUGGCUGAGGGUCCUGUCGAGCGUCCUGAGGAUCAAAGCUGCGAGUCCGCUCUACACUCACCCUGACACACGGCCCGCUAUGAAAGGACAUCUCACAAAGGUGAAGCAUGGCUACUCUAAGCAUGUGUGGUGUGCGCUGUUUGGGAAGACUCUCUACUACUUCAGAAAUCAAGAGGACAAGUUUCCUCUGGGUCAGAUCAAACUGUGGGAGGCUCGUGUAGAGGAAGUGCAGAAGUCAUGUGACGCAGCUGAAGUCUCCGCUCAGUACACACUCUCCAUUCAGUCAGUGAAUCAGGACCCCACAUACCUGCUCAUCGACUCGCCUCACGAGAAGACGGCCUGGCUGUACCAUCUGUCUGUGGCCGCGGGCCGCGCCGUGGAGCCUGUGGGGACUGAGUUUGAGCAGCUGCUUGGUAAACUGCUCAGCGUAGAGGGAGAUCCAGGGUCUCUGCUCUGGAGACACCCGACUCUCUGCUUUACUAAUGAAGGACUGUCGUCUCCACUCACCACCCUUCCUUCACAAGCUCUGCAAACCGAAGCCAUCAAGCUCUUUAAGACGUGUCAGCUCUUCAUUAACGUGGCCAUUGACACUCCAGCCAUAGAUUAUCACGUGAGUCUCGCCCAGUGCGCUCUUCAAGUGUGUCUCACCCAUCCAGAGCUGCAGAACGAGAUCUACUGCCAGCUUAUCAAACAGACACAGAGGACGCAGCCGUACGGACCGCCGCCGGGAACCCUGCAGGGAUGGCAGUUCCUGGCUCUGUGUGUCGGCCUUUUCCUGCCCACACCUCCUAUUCUUCGGUUUUUGCAGGUUCAUCUCAAAAGGCAUGGAGAUUCCAGGACGGAAGAAGGGAAGUAUGCCAUUUACUGUCAGCGCUCACUGGAGCGGACGCAGCAGAAGGGGGAUCGCCAGGCCCGAUCGUCACGAACCGAGAUCCUGUCCAUCUUACUCAGGAACCCUUAUCAUCACUCUCUGCCUUUCAGCGUCCCUGUACACUUCCUUAACAACACCUACCAGGUUGUUAGUUUUGAUGCUUCAACCACAGUGGAGGAGUUUCAGAGUCGGCUGAACCAGGACACGGGCAUGAGGAAAACUGCUCAGUCUGGUUUCAGCCUUUAUUCUGACGACCCCACGGGCAAAGACCUUGAGCACUGCCUUCAGGGAAACCUAAAGAUCUGUGACAUUAUUUCAAAAUGGGAGCAGGCCUCGAAGGAGCAGCACACAGGCAAAUCCGAGAACGCCAGGACGGUGAAACUCACUUAUAAGAACCGGUUAUACUUCUCCCAGCAGAUGAGAGGGGAGACCGAGAGAGAGCGUUUGCUUCUGGCGUACCAAACUAAUUUGGAAAUUACAGCUGGACACUUCCCUGUCAACAAAGAGCUUGCUUUAGAAAUGGCCGCCCUGCUUGCUCAGGUGGAGUUUGGGGACUUUGAGCGUCCAUUUAGUCCAGGUGCUUCAGGAGCUGCACAGACCAAAUCUAACCAGACCCUGAAACAGGUUCUGGAGCGCUUCUACCCGAAGCACUACCGACACUCCUGCACUGAGGAACAGAUGAGGCAGUUGCUGCAGAGGCUCUCUGCCCGGUGGGCAUCUCUGAGGGGUCGGAGUUCAUCAGAGUGCAUCCGAAUUUACCUAACCGUGGCUCGCAAGUGGUCAUUUUUUGGAGCCAAGCUAUUUGAGGCUGAGUCCGUGACUCCAUCACAGAAGAACGUGCGUGUUUGGCUGGCGGUACAUGAAGAUGGAGUCAGCAUGCUAGAGUUCAGCUCUGUAAAAGUCCUUGCGUCCUACCCUUAUAAAAGCAUCGUGACCUUCGGAGCGUGCGGUCAGGACUUCAUGCUGAGUUCUGGCACAAACACAUCCAAAGAUAAGUCUGCAGAGAAGCAUCUGUUUGCCAUGGCCCUGUCAAAGGUUCGAGACGUGACGUUGCUUAUAGCCAGCUACAUUAACUGCACACAACAACGAAAAGCAGCAGCGCACCACCUGUCCGCCCCGGCUCUGCUGCUGGCUCUACCUGGAGAGAUGAAGAAGAGCAAGGAAUCGAGGAGCAAGUCUCCUCCAGCCGCCUGCAGACCCAGCAAAGCACCCACCCUGCUUUAAGUAUACACCAUGUGUUGGUGUUCAAUUAGGAAAUAACUCAGAUCAUUCCCUAGUUCACUAAUUGAUCCCAGUUCAGAAUCCCUGGCUAGUGUCCAAAACCAUAUUUACAAUACACCACUUCACAUCACAGGGAUCUAAUAAGUGAAAAAGUGAAAGUGAUUGUGGCCAAGUAUGGUGACCCAUACUCGGAAUUUGUGCUCUGAAUUUAACCCAUCCUAAGUGCACACACACACAGCAGUGAACACACACCCAGAGUAGGUGCGACAUGACUGACAGUAGUUCUCAAAUUUCUCAUGAACGUCCAGGUCAUGUUCCACCCCAAAAACUAAUCAAAACAAAUAGUACUUUGCAAAUAGCAGUGUACUACUUUUGUUUUUGUUUGUUUGCACUGUCAUAUUUUUAUGGCAUUUUCCACCAAAUAGUCAUUAACAUGUUUUGUCCAGACAUUGUACGUUUUGAAAGUGUUUUUAUAAUGCACAUUCUCAGUUCUCAUAUGUAUUGUAUGUAUGUGUGUGUGUGUUCAAAAAGCAACAAUGCUGUACAAAACUGUGUAAUUUAUUAAUUUAUGCUGACUUUUACAAGUAGACAGAGGUUUGUACUGUAUUGGUGUCUUUUAAUUUGAUCCAUGAAUUAUGGUAAUGCAAUGUUUUGGUUGGAAUGUGCAUAAAUGUCAAGAAAAUUUCAAAGGAUCUUAAGUUUUCCCUAAGCCAAAAAAGAAUAAUAAUAAUAAUUUGAGUUAGGAAUGAAAUAUGGCCAGAGCUGUUCUUCACUUUUCUUUCACCCGACUACUUUAAUUUUAGUGGAGUUUAUUUUUCAGGCUUUACCAACAAUCUUUUUUCUUUUUUUUUUUUUAAAGAAAAUAUGGCAAGAAUAAAUUCAAUUAUUCAGAACGUUUGACCACUUCUAAAUUUUUUUUACAAUUUGUACUAGUCAAAUUGAAAAUGUAACUGCAACAUGAUUCAAGUAUCUUGUUCUUUUAUUAACCCUCUUGUUAAAGAAAAUUCUAUUCCAAGUGCACCACACAUGAAGCUGACAACAUGAUGUAAAUGUUAAUCAAAUAACUUGAAGGUGCUAUAUGUAUGAUUGACACUGAGUGGUUAAACUAAGUAUUGCAGUCCAAAUGUACAAAAUAUUGGAGAGGGUUUUUUUCACCCGGCCCCUCCUCCUCAGACUUGAUGCAUAUGCAGGUUGCCAGAUUGACGACACAAACAGUAACGUGUACUUGGCGUUGAAUGAAAUGAAAUUUGUAAUUUGUAAUUUCUAUCAAAUGGCAACCCCGGGUGCUGAAAAACAAUUGGGUAAACUGGCAGUGGACGGGUUUCACAAAACAUAACAAAGACAGACAUUCUGGCCCUGAACGCACAUUUAACUUAGCAUGUUUCUUAAAUAUCUGCAAACAUAUAGUAUUUUUAUGCUUUCUUAGAGUCAAAAACUUACAUACAGCACCUUUAAAUGUCUUUGUAGAAAAGAUGCAUAAACUACAUCUUGUAGAAACGUGUCUAAUACAUAUUAUAUAUAUUCAGAAAUAAUACAAGAAAAAUACUUAAAAAAAAUAAAAUCAGAAAAAUCGCCCAAUCCUACAAGAAAUAGAGAAACGCAAAACACUAAAUUUCCUUCCGUCAUUAUAUUAAAUCUCAUCUCACGUUAGCAUGUUAAAGCAUGUAGAAGGAAUGCACAGAUUAUGAUAAAACAGGAAGUGCAUUACAAAAAAUACGUGUGGUCUUUGAAAGCCAACAUGGAGUCAUAUACUGUAGGGCGUCUGAGGUGUUUUUGAGAAGACAUAUUGUACUGGUGUAAUGAAUAUGGGGUGUGAGAUUCAUAAAAAGAUUCACUGCAGGAAAAAGAAACUGGAAGGUUUUGUUUUUUGUUGUUGUUUUGGAACGGCGAUGCAUUAUACAUCAUUGAACAUGUGACACCGUGACAGAUAAUGUCAUAGCAAAUUGUAUUUAUUUAUUUCUAAAGUGUUUUUUUCUAUAAUUACCUAUUAUGCAGCUUUAAAUAAAUGUCCUUACUUAAAAAGAAAAAAAUCUUUAUGUUUAUAUUAAUACUCUUCUUUUCAAAAGUUUGGAGUCAUUAAUCUCUUAUCCUCACCAAGGCUGCAUUUAUUUAAUCAAAAGCGGUAAUAUUGUCAAAUAUUAUUACAAAAUUAAAUGGAAUAGAAGU